CCACAGUCAAGUUCUCCCAAUGAACUGAACAUAGACGUUGAACUACUGACACUACGGAUCGUGCUUUUAUAUAAUACCGUUUCACGAUUAAGGACAGGAAAUAUUAAAAGUGGACAGGGUUUAUUAACAGUGAGUGAGCAUCGGUGUUUUCCUGCAUUGUUCUGCGAGAUCGAAAGCAGGACAGAAUGCUGAAUAGAAGAAAUGGUGUAUCCAGCGCGAUCAUAUGGAUUUAAAGCAGAAUAAAGUACAAUAUCGUUCCAGAGGAACAGAUGACUAUUUCACAUAAACGCACCGGAACUGUGGAGCGUUCGAUCGCGUUCUGAUUCUUUUGUGACAUCAUAACUGACCUGCCAUUAUUUAAGCGAUACUACUUGUCUACAUGGAUAGAUGAACAUUCAUGUUGGAACACUUCUAGAGCAGUGUAUUUUUAUAUAUAUAUUUUUUAUUGUGAUUAGCCUGCGACAUUCUAAUUGCAAGUUUAUUUUUUCUUUUUGGCUGGCUAUCCAUUUUGGCCAGCUUGCGAUGGGCAACUCAAUGUCCCAACGUGCUGUUAUUGAGUUUACAAGGCACUACUACAGUGAGAGCGGGCGUUUGGAACCUCUUCCUCUCCUCUUCAACUGAGCUGACAUCAUGUAGCUUGUAAACCGUAAAGCUCCACGUUUGGUUGCGUCAAAGUUCUCCAGCUAAGAUAAAAGGCAGCUAUUUUAAGAAAUUGCUUGUUAACUGGGUCAGAGAGCGACAGACAGACUAGUUCGAUGCAUCCUGCCCUGUCUGUUUUGCAGAAUAAAUCAUAUAGUUAAGAAACUUGGGGUUGUUUUCAUUUUUACAUUGUUUACAUAUUUAGAUAUCCUCUUAUGUCAUACUUUAAUGACAGAUCUUGACCCAGCAGUCACAGUUUAUGGUUCCCAUUUGGUUAGUUUUUGGCGAACGAACUCCUAACGUUUUAAGAACGUUGCUGUGAGGUUUUUGUGUCAACCUAAUAAUAGCUAGGACGUAUUUGAAUCCAGACAGUUAUUAUCCAAUUCCACUAAAGGACCCGAGAUAGUUAUUAUUUUAAGCAUAUUAUUUCGUCUCGUCUUAUUUCGAGUUAUUUCGUUGCUGGUCUGGGAUGACAGGGCUCUUGAACAGACUGUCGCCUGGAUUAACGAGAGUUUGAGGAACUUGUACCCAAUAACCCCCUUAUCAUAAGCUGUUGUAUAUCACCGGACACCUGCCAGAAAAUGGAGACUGUGGGAGACUUUGAAUACAGCCGAAAAGACCUAGUUGGGCACGGAGCCUUUGCAGUCGUCUUCAAGGGAAGACACAAAAAGAAAACCGAUUGGGAAGUCGCCAUCAAGAGUAUUAACAAAAAGAAUCUCUCCAAAUCUCAGAUACUGCUUGGAAAAGAAAUCAAAAUUUUGAAGGAACUCCAGCAUGAGAACAUUGUGGCACUCUAUGAUGUCCAGGAAACACCAAGUUUUGUGUUCCUGGUUAUGGAGUACUGCAAUGGAGGAGAUCUGGCAGAUUAUUUGCAAGUCAAGGGCACCCUACGAGAAGAGACUAUAAGGAUCUUUCUGCAGCAGAUUGCAGCAGCCAUGCGCAUCCUCAACAGCAAGGGGAUCAUUCACAGAGACCUCAAACCCCAGAACAUACUGCUGUCCUACACUGGCCGCAAGAAGUCCAGCAUCAACGGCAUACGGAUCAAGAUCGCUGACUUUGGUUUCGCAAGAUAUCUCCAGACCAACAUGAUGGCUGCCACAUUAUGUGGAUCCCCGAUGUACAUGGCCCCAGAGGUGAUCAUGUCCCAAAACUAUGAUGCCAAAGCUGACCUGUGGAGCAUUGGGACUGUCAUUUAUCAGUGCCUCGUGGGAAAGCCACCUUUCCAGGCUAACAGCCCCCAGGACUUAAGGAUGUUCUAUGAGAAGAACAAGACUCUGGUGCCAAACAUUCCAAGAGAGACGUCUCCUCAACUGGAAGAUCUGCUGCUGGGGCUGCUCCAGAGGAACCAAAAGGACCGGAUGGAUUUCGAUGCUUUUUUCAGUCAUCCUUUCUUGGAACCGACAUCAGCUAUUAAAAAAUCACGCCCUGUUCCAGUGCCCACGUGCCCUGGCUUGGUCACAGACAGCACAUGUGGCAGCUCGCCUUCCUGUCAUUACGUCUCUCCUCCGUCACUGCCCGAUAUGCAGACUCUCCCAGAGGACGUGCUCUCGUCUCCACCUCUCGGCCCUCCCAAUUACCUGCAGCUGUCCAAAGAGUCGGGCGGCAGCACCAGCAGCAAGAACUCUUCCUGCGACACGGAUGACUUUGUGCUGGUGCCGCAUCUCUCCGGGGAGCAGUCCUAUGACCUUCCGAUGGGGGCAGUAGGCCGCAGGCCAUCCAGUGAAUUUCUACUAUGUGGAGGGCAGCCACAGCCAUCAACCGGACAGACCCCAAUGGUGUCGCCACGAAGCGAGACCAUCCCAAUACCUGUGCCCACACAGGUCCGAAACUACCAGCGCAUCAAACAGAACCUCUCCAGCAGCCCGACCAACACCCUAUAUGGCUCUCCCAGGUCAGGCACAGUGCGGCGUUCCAACACAAGUCCCAUGGGCUUCCCUAAAAUGGUUUCUGGGUCUCCUAGUCCUGCAGACACGGUCCAAACCGUUGGACGACGUCUCUCCACAGGCAGUUCCCGGCCUUACUCCCCCUCUCCACUAGUGGGCACUAUUCCUGAACAGCUUGGCUACUGCUGCUGCGGACAUCCUCAAAGCCACGAGCCACGCAGUCACAGCUCCUCAGGCGGUUCCUCUGUGCCUUCCUCUCAACUACUAGGGGCUCGUCUUCAGAGUGCACCCAUGCUAACUGACAUCUACCAGAACAAACAGAAGCUACAUAAGCAGCUGUCUGACCCAGUGCACCCUACCUCAACAGCCUACCCCACCAGCCACUCCCCUCAGCUCAGUCGCCCCGGCAACCUAGGCACCUCCCCAACCAAGCUCCUUGGCUCCUCCCCUCGCACCUCUGACUGGUUAUCAAAGUCACCCCUGCCCACCAUCAUUGGCUCUCCCACUAAGGCAACUGCUCCCUUCAAAAUCCCUAAAACUCAGGCCUCGUGCAACCUCAUGGCCCUGGCUUCUCAGCAGGGUAUAGCCGACAACCCCACCGUAAUCAAGACACUGAUGGAUGGACGAGACCUCUGUGCACAUCACUGUUCGGCCUAUCCCAGCAGCCGCCAGUCUGUGCCAGAGGCCAGCAAGACUUCCUUUGGGAGAUCUGUAAGUGCUGGACGACUGUCUGAGCAGCCAGUAAGAAUCACUUUGGGCGGACAGCCAUACCAGGGCAGCACAGAUAGCCUCAACACAGAGAGACCCAUGGACACAGCCCCGCCAGGGACUUGUGGUUUACCAGGAGGUAGGGCGAGUCCACGCACAGUUGUGUUCACGGUGGGCUCGCCCCCCAACAGCAGUACCCCUCCCACCUGCAGCCAUCUCGCCUCCCGUCCACGCACAACCUCAGUAGGCUCCAACAGUUCAGUAGGCUCGCUGUGCUCCACCAGCGGUAAGGUGUAUAUGGGCUCUCCCCCGGGAAUGACCAUCGGCACCUCCCCACCAGGAGCGGAGGGGGCUCCCAGCAGUCUGCGCUACGUCCCUUAUGGCACCUCCCCACCCAGCUUGGAUGGAUUCAUCACUUUUGAAGCACCAGAACUGCCAGAGGAGACGUUGAUGGAGCGUGAGCACACGGACACUCUGAUGCACCUGCGGAUGAUGUUGUCCUUUACGGACUGUGUGCUGGAGAUCGCUACUCUUCGGGCUGGUGGAGCAGAUCUAGGUGCAUCCGCCGCCUCUCUUUAUCCACCUCAGGACAGUGUGGUGGUGGACCAGAUCAGUCGACUCAGCAAGGAGUGGGGGCAGGUGGAGCAGCUGGUGUUGUACAUGAAAACUGCGCAGCUGCUGGCCUCUUCACUGCACUUGGCGAAGUCUCAGAUCAAGUCUUCCAAGCUCAAUCCAUCCACGGCUGUCAAACAUGUGGUGAAGAGUUUGAACGAGCGCUACAAGAGCUGCAUUUCUCUAUGUCGCCGCCUUACUGACAAACUGAACCACUUCUUCUCCGACAAGCAACGAUUUGUGGACGAGAUCAACAGUGUGACAGCUGAGAAGCUCAUCUAUAACCACGCUGUAGAAAUGGUGCAAUCAGCAGCACUAGAUGAGAUGUUUCAGCAGACAGAGGACAUCGCCUAUCGCUACAGCAAAGCCUCUAUGCUGUUGGAAGGCCUGUCCAAGAUCCUCCAGGACCCAGCUGACAUAGAGAACGUCACCAAAUACAAGGCUAGUGUUGACCGGAGGAUCUCUGCUCUGUGUUACUGCACUGUUACUUUGUAUGAAUAAAGAGCCUCGCCUGUGAAAACCUGGCCAAUGCUCUCACUUCAGGGACCAUCAUCUUCUCCAACCACAGAGAAGAAUAUGAGAACCCUUUGUCCCUUUUUUUUGUUUUGUAGCAGUCAAAGCACUUUCAGUUCCUUUUCCCCUUUUUAUUCCUUUCAAACACAAGAAGCAACAGACCAAGUAUUACUUUUGCAGAUGAAAUUUGAGAAGGAUGUGCACAAGUUUACUACCAAAGAUGAAAAGUAAAAAAAACAGACAUUGCUGACUUGCAGUUGGAGCUGUCUUCUGAUUUUGCAUCUUCACAACAGGUGGGACAAAUAAGAUCAAAGGACAUCUAGCUUUUCCCUUUUUUUUUACACAAACUGUAGGGAUUGCGGAAUGGACAUGUUAGAGGCCCCCUAGCAUGAAUGCAAAUCAGUUCAUAUUACAACUUAUUGUUUUAUAAUGUACUCUGUUAUGUUGUUUUUAUUAUUUAUUGGUGUUAGGAUACGCUAGUGUUGUUGGUAAUAGUGUUGAAGGUGACUUGGGGCGAAUGUGAAGGCCCAUGUCUGACUAUGAUUAUUGUCAAUCCAAGUGGUACCACACACUUAUCCGCACAUGCACACAAACAUAUGCUUACAUCACACAAACACAUUCACGGUUCCUCUUACAGGAUGACAUAAGGCUGAAAUAAGCCUAAGGAAAAAUCUGUAGUAUUUACAAAGUUAAGCUUUGAAGCAAAUGCACUUUACUAAGGCAGAUGUGGAAGAAACUGGUCCUGGAAGGUCUGGGACCUAAGAGGGCUGUGACGGUUGAGGUGAUGUGGAGUCAACCGGCAUGCCUCCUUGAUCUCUCCAUCAGUGGCCCAGUUUCAUCCCAUCUCCAUAUCAGAAAUCUUCUGAAAAUGAUAAGAGCGGUUGGGUGGCUCAUGAGCAUCAGGUUGGACAGAUGCAUCUGCUGUGUAAGAGCAAGUAGAAGAAGUUCUUCUGGGCUCACGUAACAGCCUCAAGGUGAAUCAUCAAUAACGGUCAAAAUACUUGAGUAGUUACUUACCUUUUGUUGAUUCAGACAUACUGAAACAUUUUUAUGUUCACAUUAAAACCGUAGCUUUUUUUAACCAAUGUUUGCGAUCUGUAAAUACUUGUACAUUGUGCAUGUAUGUUUGUAUUUUUGUGUGAAUGGAAGAGAGCACAGCGUGUGAUUGGAGAAGGUGGAUGCUGCCACCCUCCCUGCCUCCCAAAUGAAGAGCACAAGAUUUUCUCUCUUUUAAGGUUUAUUAUUUUCUUUGAAGAAUUCAUAGAUUCAGACAACUUCCAUGGGUUUUGACUUAAAUUGUUUGAGGCCUCGCAGAAAGCUAGAGACCUCACAUUGCAUGGCAGCUCCAAAUAAACGCCCAUGAAUA